AAGCAAGUUCCGACAAUCAACCUAUAAAUACCCCCUCCCCUUUUUUUUAUAUUUCUCUAUCCAUCAUUGUUGUGUGUAAAUAAUUUUUAAUGCAUAUAAGCUGUGCAGCAGUCAUCACCUUAUUUUCGUUCUAUGCAGCUACUGUUUCAUCUUCGCCUACAGAAAAGCGCAUUCUAAGAGUGCCUAUCCAACGUCGCUCUCAAUCUGACCCCAUCAUUUCUUCUCAACUAAAAAAAUAUGGAAAGCGCGAUAGUUACAUGUCCACUCUAUUCAAUGAUUUGGGCUCUCAGUAUUUGAUCAACGUCAGCAUUGGUACUCCAGGGCAAAAUUUUACUGUUACCUUGGAUACUGGAAGUGCUGACCUGUGGGUUCCUGGAAAUACUUGUCCAGCAGUUGACUGUCCCAACAAUUUGUUUGAUCCAUCAGCUUCUAGUACUUAUAAAUCGUUAAAUCAGCCGUUUACAUUAACGUAUGGUAUUGGCAACGUUAAUGGAACCUAUGCAACAGACACAAUUACAGUUGCCGGCGCAACCAUACAGAAUCAACAGUUUGGUUUAGCAUCUGAUACCAAGCAGAUUUUGACGAAUCCCAGCACGAUCACUGUUUCUUCAAAAAAUGCUCUUUCAAAACGAGAUGAUACCCCAAAGGCCAACGGCAUCCUCGGCCUUGGUUACCCUCGCCUGACAGCAGCCUCAAGCAAAGGUCAAGGCCCAUAUAACCCAUUUGUAUUCAACCUCGCUGCUCAAAAUGUCAUCAGUGACCCUAUUUUUUCCAUCUAUCUCAAUAAUGCCAACACAGACGGUUGGGUAGGCGAAGUUAUUUUUGGCGGCACUGAUCAAACAAAAUUUAAAGGCAACCUGACGUAUCUUCCUGUGGUUCCUUUAAGCUCGGUAGCCAAAGCAAGCAAAAAACGUGCUACGCUCAAUACGGGUGGUAACUAUUAUUGGAUGGUGAACGCACAUGGUGUUGCUGUCACUUACACUAACAGCACGAGCAGCAGUGAUACCGGCAUAGUCAAUACAACAGCCACAACCAACAGUAGUAAUGCAGCCGUCAGCCUCAGCUUUAAUGCCACCAGUGCCUUCAUUCUUGAUACAGGCACUACAUUAACCUAUUUACCGUCACCUAUGGCUGAGCAAGUCAUCACUGCUAUGGCAGGUGCAGAUGGUUUCACAACCGAUGCCAGUUCUGGAACCUAUCUUGUUAACUGUGAAGCCGCGACGUCCAAUACCCAAUUAGAAUUGAUCAUGUCUGACGGUAAAAAGAACUCUGUCAGCUUAUCCGUCCCUGCUUCUCAGCUUGUCAUUCCGUUGGAUGGUGAAACAGCCGCAACUUCCAAGUCUUGUCUUUUUGGUAUUGCUCCAACAGGUAGCACUGUAGGCAACAAUAUGUAUCUCGUUGGUGAUUCCAUACUCCGAAGUGCGUAUUUAGUCUUUGAUAUGGGUAAUAACCAAGUUGGUAUCGCGGCUGCCAUGGGAGUUGCUGGAAAUGUCCAAGGCUCUUCCUUUUCUUUCUCAGCUCCAACCAGUAACGAUGGACAAUCUAGAUACCAACAAUCUACGAUGAUGUUUGCUUUAGUCAGCUGUUUGUUACUUGUAUUCAUGUCAUAGAACGAUUUGAUUGUAAAUAAAACACAUGUAUUGUCCCUUCAUUAAUUGACUUCUUUACUAUAUUUGGUUUCAGUAGCGGAGCUAUUGAGAACAGAUCUACCCCCUGGUGCCAUCUUUUUCAGAAUUUAAAUAGAUCAUUUUAAUAAAAACCCGUGCUUUUGUGCCUAAAAAAUGACAGAGAGAUAACAGUGGCCGAGGAUUGUACCGGGUUGUAACAAGUCUUUUUUUUUAAACUUUGUCAAUGUAAAAAUAAACAUUAGCGAUAUAGACAUCACAAGCAUUUUAAAGCAAAGAAGCACAGACAAAUAAAUAAAUGGCUUUAUUAAAAUUCAAAGAUCAUAUAGUUCAUUUUAAAACUUCUAUUUAUGAAAAG